UGCUUCGUUGCGGUGCCCCUUCCUCUGUUCUGCGACUCCAUCUGAGAGAGAGAGAGAGAGAGAGAGAGAGAGAGUGAGGGAAAGCCAAUUAAUUCUCCUCCAUGGCUCGCUUAAGCGUAAAUCACCCACACCCCAUAUGGGCAGUCUUCUUCUCCACCCUCUGUUUCCUUUUACCCCUCUGUUUCUCAGAUCCCCGAAUCUCCGAAGCUAAUUUAUACUGCGGCCAAUCCCGGGCGCGAGGCAACAGCACCUUCAUCACCGGUUUCGUCCAAGAGAUGGAGCAACUCUCUCAACACAUCAACAACCAACGCUGGGGCACAGGUUUCGUAAACUCAACCCCACCCAUCUACGGCUUGGUCCAAUGCUACCGCGAUCUUUCUCAGACCGACUGCCUCCUCUGCUACUCUGCAAUUCGCACUAAAAUCCCCCGAUGCCUUCCCGCCACCUCCGCCUGGAUCUACCUCGAUGGCUGCUUCCUCCGCUACGAAAACUAUAGUUUCUUCGGAGAAUCGGUGGACCCAGUUCGAGACACCGUGAAUUGCACCUCAACUGUUGGCUCAAAUGUCGCAGAGAGCGCGCAACAAGGCUUCUCGGACGGUGUUGCUCGGGCAAUUGAUAAUGUGACGAAGACUGCGGUUGCUAACGGUGGGUUUGGGGUGGCGGAGGUGGCGGGAGGGGCGGAGACGGUUUAUGCUAUGGCGCAGUGCUGGAGUAGUGUUAGCAGGGAGGGGUGCAGGGCUUGCUUGGAGAAGGCUGGUAAUGAGUCGAAAGGUUGCUUGCCGAGUAGGGAAGGGAGGGGUUUGAACGCUGGUUGUUAUUUGAGAUAUUCCACCACAAAAUUCUUUGGAAACGAUGAAGCUGUUGCGGGUGGUAGUGGGAAUAUCAGUACAGGGGUCAUUGUAGGCAUCAUUUCUGUGGCAGCUACUGUCCUCUGCCUCACUCUCUGUGUUGCUUAUGCAGCCUAUUUAAGACUAUCCAAGAAGGAAAGAGAACGUCGUAAUCUCAUCCGGACUUCAACUGCUCGUAACAAGUCUAGUUUGAACUUCAAAUAUGAAACCCUUGAGAAGGCAACAAAUUACUUUGAUCCUUCAAGGAAAUUAGGCCAAGGAGGAGCUGGUUCUGUAUAUAUGGGCAUCCUGUCAGAUGGGACAACUGUGGCUGUUAAGAGAUUGGUUUUCAAUACCAGGCAAUGGGUAGAUGAGUUCUUUAAUGAGGUAAAUUUAGUUGGUGGUAUCGAACACAAGAACCUUGUGAAGCUUUUGGGUUGUAGCAUUGAAGGUCCAGAGAGCCUACUGGUUUAUGAAUAUCUACCAAAUAGGAGCGUUGACCAAUUCAUAUCUGAUAAGGGCAGGCCUCAAAAUUUAAACUGGAAGCAGCGGUUUAAUAUUAUUCUUGGAACAGCUGAGGGCCUUGCAUAUCUUCAUGGAGGUUCCCAAAUAAGAAUAAUCCACAGGGACAUCAAAAGCAGCAAUAUUCUUCUUGAUGAAAAUCUCAAUGCGAAGAUUGCUGACUUUGGACUUGCUCGGUGUUUUGCUGCUGAUAAGACUCAUCUUUCCACAGGCAUUGCAGGGACACUAGGAUAUAUGGCUCCUGAAUACCUUGUGCGCGGACAACUCACGGAGAAGGCAGAUGUUUAUGGUUUUGGGGUACUGGUUCUGGAGAUUGUAUGCGGCAGGAAGAAUAAUCUCCUUGUACAGGGCUCAAGUUCCCUUUUACAAACAGUCUGGAAACUUUACAAGUUGAACAGGUUACCUGAAGCAGUUGAUCCCUGCUUAGAAGGUGAUUUUCCAGUAAAAGAAGUAUCAAAUGUGAUGCAAAUUGCACUUCUAUGCGCACAGGCUUUGCCUACCUUAAGACCAUCAAUGGUUGACAUAGUUCAAAUGCUGACUGAAGAAGAUCAUGAGAUUCCUGUACCAAACCAACCACCUUUUCUAAAUGCUAGUGUGCUAGAUUCAAUGGGUUCUAUUAAGUACUCUAGCACGAGCAGUUCAGUAUCAACUGCACCAACAAAAAUUAAAGUGUGCUGCACAUCCACCGAGUCUUCUGGAAUGCAGAGCUCAAGCGGGACAUCAAGAAGCACCGAUUGAAGAAGCAGGCUCAAUCAAGAAUUAUAUGAGUCCUUUGUUGCGGGUACUUACCACCUUGGGCUGAAAGCAUGAAAUCCAGACAUUCAUGUCCAUGGGCUUGGAAGUCUGGCUCGCAUGAUUCUGACAGAGGCUAAAGAGAAGAAGUUUGAUUAGUUCUUGAAGCUUGAAAUCUGCAUACCUUGAAGAAUUUUCGGCUAAUACUUGCAUGAUUUCCAAGCUCGCAAGGCACAUUCCUAUAAGCAUGAAAUUAUAAGUCCCGAGCAAGGCAUUUUCAGGUUUCGGAGGUCGGUUUGCAUAGUUUGAACACUACAAGAAAUGAAUUUGGUGAGUCCGUGAAAGGUCCAUUAUGUGAGGAACUGGCAUGUAAAAACGGUGGCAUCUUUCCAAGUGGCAGAAGCAAAGGGAUUUUCAAGGUAUGUAGCACAUAUUUGACUCCAAACUCCAUUUGUGGUGAUUCACCAUUUCACUCCAUUGUUUAUGGGUUUGAGAGCAAGGGAUGGGAGUGAAGCUUACACUAGAGGACUUUUUUUGUUCUGUGCAGGGGAUUGUAGUUUCACACCACAUUAAUGUGUUCUCUUCUCUUCAUGUAAUAUCUGAAUGCUUCAUAAAGUUUUCCAAUGUAAUUUGUUCCAUUAUUCAUUUAAA